CGACGCGAAAAUUGAUGGACAAGAGAUCUUUUUGUUGGAGUGGUUCUAAUUAUAAUCUAAUCCCUAUGGACUUCUGCUGUGGCAAUGGUUGGUGCAGUUUUUAUUUAUCCAAGCGAAGAUGAAAGAUAAGAAGUCUUUGCGAACAAGAGAAGGCGAAUCUGAUAGGAUUCGUGUCUACGUUCGAGUGCGACCCAGAACAGCUGAGGAAGCAAGGCGACGAGAAGAUCCAGGUGUUGAAUCCGAUAACUUUGAGGUUUCACUGAAUGAUGCAAGAGAGAGAAGAUACAGAUUUGAUCGCAUCUUUCCUGGCCAGACAACCAACAGAGAGGUCUACAACACAGUCGGCAGACCACUGCUUGAUGCUGUGUUUUCAGGCUUCAAUGGAACUCUCAUGGCAUAUGGCCAGACUGGAACAGGGAAGACCCACACCCUGAUGUCAAAAGAUGGCAUCUGUGCACUUGUGGCAGAAAAGUUAUUUAAGAGGAUCCAUUCAGACAAGCAUCAUGACUACAAGGUCUGCAUGUCUUACCUUCAGAUCUAUCAAGAGAAGAUUUACGAUCUGUUGAACGCUAAUUCCAAACUUGAGCUAGUGCUCAGAGAAGAUCCGACAAGAGGUGUGUAUGUAGAUAAUCUGUCGGAGUAUGUCGUUAGGGAUACUGCUGAAGUUCUCUCCUUGCUGAAGCAGGGGAGAAAGAAGCUCAUCUUUGCUGAAACGCGAAUGAACCGCGUCUCAAGUAGAUCUCACUCAGUUUGUCAGAUAACUGUGGAAAGAACGCGCGCUAAAGACGGCAACAAAGCAGGAGCAGAAGGUUUUUCCAGCGAGAGUAGCCUCCUGUCUCCUUCCUCCGCCAUGAGACCCCCGUCACGGAAGGGUGUACGAUCCACCGGCAGCUUAGACCGACUUCGCGAAGAAACCAAACCUCGUGACUUCAGCGCACCUUUAAAGAAAACGUCUGCAAAGCAACAGAGCUUCAUCCCGCACAGAACCUCUACUCCAGCCUCCAAACGUAGUCUGUCGCGCAAUAACGAUUACAGACACAGCUUUCAUUUGUCGUCACUUCCAGAAAUGACGGUCACGCCUGAUCAGCCGAACCGCUGGUCUAUAGGGGACAUGACUAGUAGUUUGACGGGCUUAGGGGGGUCUUUGCCAUUCUCGUCGAGUGCUUCCCAAGGGAGUGAUCUGCAACGUUCUAUGGAAUCUGAACUGGAAAGCAGUACUGAAAGUGAAGGUUGGCCGAGCACUCCUAGCAGUCCUGAUAUUCCAGAAUAUAGCUUAGGAGAGGAAGAUGACGACGACGAUGAAUCAUUUUUGGAAGGAAUCAGGAUACGCGAUGAUGUGCUGAUCGCAGGAAGAAUUAACAUAUGCGACCUCGCAGGAAGUGAAAGAGUUAAAAAAGCUGGUGUGGAAGGAGAGAGACUCGCUGAGCUACAGCACGUGAACUUGUCCCUUUUAGAAUUAGGCAACACAAUUCACGCCCUGUCAGAAGGGAAAAGAACACAUAUACCCUAUAGAAACUCCUCGCUGACUCGACUGUUACAAGACAGCCUUGGUGGGAAUUGUAAAACAAGUUUUGUGAUGUGUAUCUCGCCGUCUCUAAGAGACGUCAACGAGACUCGAUGCACACUUGACUUUGGUCAGCGGGCGCUCAAGAUUACCACAACAGCAUAUGUAAACAUUGAGAUUGAUUACAGAAAGCUUUCGGAAGAUUUGAGAAAGAGAAUCGAGUGUCAAGAAUUGGAGAUUAAAGUGCAAAAGGAUAACUUCGAGAAGCAAAGCAAUGCUAUCAAAAGUGAUGCAGAGUUGAAAUUGACCGAGGUACAAACUCUUUUGGAGACUGAGAGAGAUCGCUUCAGGAUCGAGAUUGAAAAUCUACGUAAAGAGAAGGAGAACCUUGCUAAGACGCUCUUCGAUGAAAGAAGCCAGCGGCGCGUCCUCGAAGGAAUGCACCAUGCCUCACUAGAGGCGGCUGUGCUCAUUGAGAGACAGAAAAUCAAAAGCAACGAAGAGCGAGAAAAACAACGACUGCAAAGAGCUCUGGAUGAGGAGCGAAGACGAUCUUGGACAAUAGAACAGCAAACAAAACAAGAAUACGAAAGAGCGUUGGAGGACGAGAAAAAACGCACCAAAUUGUUAAAAGAGCUCGAACGCGAGGGACUGGAAAAGUCUCUUCAGGAGGAGAAACAGCGAAGCAGAGAGCUUGAGGAGCGUUUGGUGAAAUCUCCCAGUCACGAGAGAUAUACACAGACGAUAGCCAUGUUCGACGAGCCGGAUUUUCCUCGCAUGCCGCCGGGAACAAACCAAACGGAAACACUGUAUAAUGUGUUGCUCGCAGAGAUUAUGUCACUUCAGUUGCUGUACCAAAUGCAAGAUCUCUCCCACGCCUGCAACGCCGACGACCCGAAGUCACGCGAUAGCGGUUGUGCGGAGUACGAGGAAGAGGUCAUUCACUCCGUGAGCUCGAGCGUUUUGGAAAAAGGAGGACUUUUAUUGAAUAACUUGAGAGGCAGGCAGGGAGGCGCUAGUCGGUUUUCGUUGACGAGCACCGAUUCCUUACGAGAGUUGUACCUGUUACAGUUUCCGCCUUCGCCGAAACUUUCCCGAGCAUCACAAAAGACUGAGUCAGUUCCGAUCAUACCUUCAAAGGGCUCGUUGUCCGAACUUCAUUCCGAUUCGAACAAAAGCUUCAUGUCGACAGAUUGCGACGGGCCGAGAGGACAAGACGGAACAUCGAGCUCCAGUAUGGAGUCCUUUCUCGAAGAGCCGCUGAGCCCGCGUUGUCGGCGUCGACCUUGCGACAGUGGCUGCAGUAGUCAGCAUAGCGACUCAGACCACUCCCCUGGGGCGGGUAUACGGAGUCGGCCAAUCGACAUCGCAGGACGCACUCGAGCCCUCAGUAAUCCUGUCAAUCGGCUCAACGUGAGUGCAUACGUACCGCUGGCUGAAGGGGAAGAUGAAGAUUUUGAUCUGGCCGAGCCAGACGAGAUCCAAACAGUCAAGAAAAGAGUCGACCAUCUGGAGAACGACUUGUGCCGGCUGAAGACGGAGUUGGACGCGGAGACGGUGAACUUUUUCUCCGAAGUCUUCCGUGUGGAAGUGCCUUUCUUGCGAGAAGGAGAGCUGUCCCGUGUCAUGAGACGUUUAUUUGAAGGUGUCAAGGAAAAACUUCUCUAUAGAAUAUGCGCCGGUCAACGCAGUCCUGUCGAGGAGGAAGAAGACGAACUUGACCUCUCACCACCCGUGCUAGAAGAAGCAGUGAACCUGUUACUUGUAAGCAAGACAGUCAUGAGCUGCCUUCUUGUUUUACAAAACAGACGUAAUACGGGAAAGAGCCACAACUCGACCACGACGGAGUUACCAACAGUUAUUCACGUGCCGUCAAAGGCUAAUAAAAAAACACAAACAAGCCCAGGACCCAAUCGAUCAUUGAGACGGAUACGAAAAGAUGUAAGCGUUGGAACAGAUCUGCCCGCCAAGAUACAACUCAGUAAUAAAGAAUGUCAAACAAGUCUCCAGGAACUCUCAAACCGAGCGCUGGCGAUAAAUUCGCCGCCUAAAGACGAAGUUCUGCAAGUCAAUCCUAAUCUGGAGGCAUGGAACGACUUUCCUGAUUCAAACGCGCAUCGGACUUUUCAAGAUAGCAUACCACCACAAUCACGUGACCCAGACGGCGCCUCCAGUGAGGGCGAGCCUGCGAUCAUUGAUGAGAACCGCGAAGAAGUGGCCUUGGAAUCAAGAUAUGAGGGCGUUAUGUCUUACAGCGAAGAUGACGAUUUGAGAGAAACAAAAGGAAAGAAAAAGAAAAAGACGAGACUUUUCUCGUGUUUAAGUCCCCCCAGAUUAUCCAUCCGAAAGAAAUCUGAAAAAGCGAAUCGGUCCAAACCAGAGACAACCAAACUGGUGAUGAAAGAGAUAUAAUAUUAUUUAAAUUUAGAGGUUUUGUUUGUGUUUGGUCGGCAUAAUGUUUACUUAGUUAAUUUGACAAGGGGCUCAGAUAAAUUAUUUGAGUGUCUGAUUUAUUGAGGAGCACUUUAAAGUUUGAUCAAAUAUUGCCCGUUUAGUGAAAAUGAAAUGUUCUUUCGUUUAGUAACUUAAGUGAAUCAUUACGCGCUUUAACAAAGAAAGCAGUGUAAUGAUCUUGGAAGGUAUUUAUAUUAAAAAAAAAAUUAGUUAAUGAAGAGUUCUUCUAUUGUGAGAGGAAAUUUCACAGGUUAUCUAUUCAGAUGGCGUAGAUCAUGGUUUAUUUGUUCUGUCAAAAACAUUUUUUUCAGAAUAAUGUGGCAAAUAGUAUUUGUUUUGCUAAUAAAUGUUUAGAGCUUUGAUAAUUUUAUUUAAGUUAUAAUAAGUAUAUUGCUUAGGGUUAGGUUUUCAGUUUUCGUAGGUCUUGAUUUUUAUAGUACGUCCAAGUUAUGAGUUAAUAAUCAAAAUUAAUGUAGUAACGUGCAUGUUCUAUUAUUUUGUUACGUUAACCAAAUGUGAAGUCGUUAUUUUUAUAGCAGUUGAUAAACUUGUUUAAAAUCUUGUUUUAAAUAUUGUCAAAAUCUAAACGUACAUUAAAGGAAUAUUUAGAAACUGGACAAACACUAGCUUUGCUUAAUUGUAGUUAUAAAAAGCCAGGUCAUGCAUAAUUUGUAAUAUUUGGGUACUCCAACGAUUGUAGCGCAUUAGUCUCAACUUAGACAAUUUUCAUAUUGUUUUCACUUUCAUAAUCGUGUCUUUCAGUUUAAGACUGGUUGACUUUCAUUUUCUUUCACUCUUUUCUUUUUUAGUAGUUUUGGAUGUCGGUAGGUAAGGUCAUGUCAAAGAUUUGUCGUGAAAUACUUUCCGUAUUGAUGUAUUGAACACAAAAUUUGUGUCGUGUAAGUAGUUGCAUCUUUCUGUAGUACUGGUAAAUUGUUGUUGUUUUUUAAUUUCUGGAGAAAAAAUAGGAGAUUUAUCUAAGAGAGGAAUGAAGAGUAAGGUUCAUUUAGUUUGUUUGGGCUACGAAAUAAAUAAAAUGACGAACAUA